AUCAUUCUAUGAAGCAGCACAGUCUAAUGGCCUGAGGAGGAGAGACAGACUGCAGCUACAAGAGUAUUGGACAAUCAGAAGACAGAAGUUUCAAAAUCAACAGAUGAAGGACUCUCCAUUGUUUGCAGUCCUCGCUUUGACAUCAAUGUCUGACAGUCACUCAUUCCAUCGGAACGACAAUAAUUUUCCAACUAUGAUUCUGUGAGAAAGAACAAAGCUUUUUGGUUCCAGUUUGAGUACGUUUUCAGCAUCAGUGGGACUGGAUGAGAGACCAUACUGUUGCAGCGCACUGUGUGGAGCCUGAAGCAUUUAUACGACCUGGAAAAAGAAAUUCACAGUGGGGAGGGGCUCCACACAUGUUUGUGCGUGGCUGAAGCGUUGGCCAUGGAGAAACCCGAGGAAUCCUGCCCCGUAGAGAAACUGUGGAAGUGUGGCGACUGCGGGAAACGUUUCCAUGUCCCGUCUGUCCUGGAGACUCAUCGGCGCAGCCACACUGGGGAGAAGCCGUUCUUCUGCUCUGUCUGCAGGAAGGGCUUCAGCAAUUCUUCCACCCUGCUGAGGCACCAGCGGAUUCACACAAGGGAGAGGCCCUUCAGCUGCCCCGAUUGCGGGAAGGGCUUCAGCGAUUCCACCAACCUGGUGACCCACCAGCGGAUUCACAUGAGGGAGAGGGCCUUCAGCUACCCUGAGUGCGGGAAGGCUUUUCGUGAUUCCUCCGCCCUGCUGACCCACCGGCGGAUCCACACAGGGGAGAGGCCCUUCAGCUGCCCCGAGUGCGGGAAGGCCUUCAGCAAUUCCUCCACCCUGCUGACCCACCGGCGGAUCCAAACAGGGGAGAGGCCCUUCAGCUGCCCCGAGUGUGGGAAGGCCUUCAGCAAUUCCUCCAACCUACUGACCCACUGGUGGGUUCACAUGGGGGAGAGGCCGUUCAGCGGGAAGGCCUUUACCCAGGCCUCCAACGUGCUGAGACACCAGCAGAUUCACUUGGGGGAGAGGCCAUUCCCCUGCACAGAGUGCGGGAAGGCCUUUAGCAAUUCCUCCAACCUACUAAUGCACCGGCGGGUCCACACGGGGGAGAGGCCAUUCAGCUGCCCCACGUGUGGAAAAGCCUUUACCCAGGCCUCUGCCCUGCUGAGGCACCGGAGGAUCCACACGGGAAGAGGCCAUUCAGCUGGGGAGAGCCCCUUCAGGGGUCCCAAGUGCAGGACGGGGUUCACCUGCUCGAUUAAGCUGCUGACCCAUCAGUGGCUCCACACCGGGGAGAGGCCGUUCGCCCGCUCUCAGUGCGAGAAGGGCUUCACCUGCUCCUCCUAA